AAAUCAGAUAGUUGUUGAACGCUGACGAGAAAGCAAGGCAAAGCGCUGCGUUGAUAAAAGUGAUUUUGAAAAAAUAAAUAACGAAGAAAAAAACAAUUUUCAAUCAAAUAAACAACAAAUACUUGCGGAUUAUUCCAAAAGUUUGAGAAAAAAAUUAAAAAACGAAAACAAAAUAAUAAAUAAAACAAAAUGCAGUUCAACAAUCGUGCUAUUUUGAAAAUUAUCGAAUUGGUCAUUGCCGUCGUUUGCAUUGUUCUCUGGGAGACAAGCGGCAAUUUCUCCAGCAAUGCCUUGAUUGUUUGCGGUACCAUGGGCGGUUAUGCCGUUAUCUGUGCCGUCAUUUUGAUUGGCCAUGUCAUCAACUCUGUGGUUGAGAAACGUUUGAACGGCCUUUUCUCCAUCAUUGGCUGUGUUCUGUUCGUCAUCUCGGGCGCCUUGAUCAUUGAUCAAUGGCACGAUAGAUCCGAUCUGUUGUUCAAGGAAAGCAAACGCAAUGCCUUGGCUGCCGGUUCUCUGAUGAUCAUCAAUGGGGCUGUCUUCCUGAUGGACACCAUUUCCAUUUUCAGAACCCGUGUCGAAAUUCCCGUCAUUCGAGAGGUCAACAAAAAUAAAUUGGAAAUAAACCGUUUCUAAGAGAGAAGUUCUACGACUGUUGGAAUUAAAAUUUAAAUUAGAUAUUAUUUCAAGAUCAGGGUCAAACCCAUCCCCCUUCCCCUGCCUAGAAGUUGUACAGAGUUGGAGUUUAUUUUAUGGAUUUCAAAUCGCUGGAGUCUCAAUGGAAUGGAAACCUUUCCCGCAGCCUAAGUUCAUAUCCCAGGUCCUCAGAAAGAAAGUGCCGACCCCACCCCCCCACCUCUGAGCCCACCCUUUUAUAUUUUAAGCCCCUUUUGUUAGAUUUCCCCCUCCCCCCUGAGCCCACCCUUUAUUGUUUUAAGCCCCUUUUGUUAGAUCUUCAUUUGUGUUCUUGUUUUCAUUUAUAAGUCUGACUGACAUCCCCUCACCCAAGUGCCACAUCGUGUUAGACCCCCCCCCCCCC